GGUAUUCUGAAAGUGAACCCCAAGAGCCUUGUACAUAUCCUAGUUUUUCUGCUAAAUCAAAAUGGAUGCUAAGUGAAAAAAUGAAGCGAUUUAGUGAAAUCGCACAUACAAAGAGAAUUGAACUUAUUAAAGUGAAACUAAUUAACAAGACAGCAUUAGAUAUUUGGUAUCCAAUACCUAUAACGUGUGAAGAGGCAGAUCUUCAAAAGACUGAAAGUUUUUUAAAAAAAUCAGAGAUUUUAUCUAUUAUUAACUCUUUAAUUCCUUUUUUAGGUGAUUCUGAUCGUUCGCAUUUCCG